AUGUUGAGCCUCGUGAAGGGAAUUUUCUUCCAAGCUUUCAUUUUCAAUAUUGAUCAAGACAAAAUUGUACUAUAUAUAUUUCCACUCACACACAAGAGAAAUAAAAACACCAAUAUUCUCGAAAUGGAUGAUUUCAUCAAAACUCUCUCAGAAAUCAAGGGCAAUAAAAUAAGUCCUGACCUCAUCGGCUCAAUCAUCACUCGCUACGCCUCGAUUUGGCUCCCCGAGCUGGCAGCAGACGAGUCGUCAGACAGGCCAGCCGCCCCCUCGGGGAACCCACCCGAGAGCGUGACCCUCUCAUGGACCAAGAAAAGAUUCAUCAUCGAAUCUCUAGUGGGAAUCCUUCCCCCCGAGAAAGAUUCCAUCCCCACGGACUUCCUGCUGAGGAUUCUACGCGCCGCUAACAUCGUCCGGGUGGAGCCCGCCUGCCUUUUCGAGCUGGAGAAGCGCGUCUCGCGGCAGCUCGACCAGGCCUCGCUGAAAGAGCUCAUGAUACCGUCCUUCAGCCACACGAGCUCCACGUUGCUCGACGUCGACCUCGUGCUCCGCCUCGUGGGGAAUUUUGUGAGCACCGAGGAGGCCGCUAGAGGCGGGCCGGCUGUGGGGAAGGUGGCGAGGCUCGUUGACUCCUACCUCGCGGAGGCCGCCCUCGACUCGUGUUUGGCGUUGCCAGAGUUCGUCGCCCUUGCCGGCGCUCUUCCGAGGCACGCCCGGCCCAUAGAUGAUGGGCUCUACCGCGCUAUUGAUACUUAUCUUAAGGCACAUCCAGGGCUAUCGAAGAAGGAAAGGAAGACAAUCUGGAGCCUGAUCGACUGCAACAAACUAACGCAGGAGGCGUGCCUACACGCGGCCCAGAACGACAGGCUGCCGGUCCGGGCUGUGAUCCAGGUGCUGCUGUGGGAGCAGUCUCGGCUGGCGAACAAGCACCUGGACUGGAGCGGGACGCUGAGCGGGCAGAGAAGCCCGGCUGAGCUGCCGGGGAGGUGCCUGUCGAAGAGGGAGACAGGGGUGCAGCAGAUGGAGAUAAAGAAGCUAAAGGAGGAGGUGCUGAGGCUGCAGAGCCAGUGUAUGGCUAUGGAGAGGCAGAUCGAGAAGCUGUCGGAGAAGAAGAGGGGGUCGUUUCUCAGCUGGAAGAAGCUCGGGAUUUCGGGGUUUAAGGGUAAUAGGAUUGCGGAGAUGGAGCAAGGGACUGAGAUUAAUGGGAUCGGGCCCUACCUGGUUAAGACUAAGGUACGAGGUAGGACUCCCAAUAGGAGGAAAUCCAUGUCGUGAAUUCUCUCUCACUUUUAUGCUUUUUCAUCCAUUGUUCUAUAGAUGUAAUCAAAUGUUUUUUUUAUAAAUGAAUAAUAAACUAAUAGUAAUAUGUAGAGCGUUCUUGCUUUGUAUAUGAGUAUUGUGACGCAUUUGAUUUUCA